UUGAUGUCACAAAAAGAUAACCAUAUAUACAGAGAACACGAACGUAAAAAUGACUAGUUGUGUAUAAAUAACAUUUAGGCAAAUAGCUGCAAAAUGAUCAACUUAAACAGGCUUGUCUUCUUGUAUUGUUGCCUAAUGGCAAUUGCCGCAGGUACUCGUCUUUACAAAUAUUUUCCUGACUUAUUCGACGACGAAGAUGUUGGGGCCUUAAUAGUGGCAAGGAACUCGUUGACAAAUCGCAGUCAAAAUGUCAGAAAAUUUUGUGGGGACCUUAUUUGUAUAGAGAAAGAACAUGACGUUGUUGCGAAUGAGAAGGAGCUGAUCCCAAAUGCUCGGAAUAUUACCUGUGAAACUUGCUACAACAUGACUGCCAACGCGCUUGCGACACCCAUAACUCAAGAAAGGCAUGUGACAGUUUACGAAAAAGAAUCGAACACUUGCUAUCGUCUUAUUACACAGAGCAGGAGAAUUAAUGAUGGAUGCAAAUGUAGUACCAAGUGAUUGUAUUUUUAA